ACCGGGACGCGUCUCGUUUGUCUCACCCAGGCGGAGCUCCUUCGGGCGGAAGACAGCAGAGACAGAGCCGCCCGUCUUUCCUUUCCGAGCCGAGGGCGGCCUCGUACCAGUCCCGCGGCGUGGAGGGGAGGAGUCAGCGGCGGCCGGGUCCUUCUCCGAAGCCAGUCCCCGCGCCUUCCCUUGGCCGGCUGCCUGGCCGGCCCUUCGCUCUGCGCUGCUCGGGGCCCAUGAUGCUUCUGAAUACAGAGCAGGUGAAUCUAAUUGGACAAGUAUUUGAGUCUUAUAUUUUGGAAUACCACAAAAAUGACCUCUUGCAGAUUUUAAGAGAAAGAGAUGAUGACACUCAUUACCCAGUCAUUGUUGAUGCUCUGACACUUUUUGAAACAAACAUGGAAAUUGGUGAAUAUUUCAAUGCAUUUCCUAAUGAAGUACUCCCUAUUUUUGAUAAUGCAUUACGAAGGACAGCACUGUCAGUUUUUCAGUCUGUUUCGCAAGCCCAUGACUUCAGCAUUAAGCAGAAUCUUCAUGCCAGAAUCUCAGGCUUGCCUGUUUGCCCAGAGCUAACAAGAGAAAACAUCCCAAAGACCAAAGAUGUGGGACAUUUCCUGUCAGUCACUGGGACUGUUAUUCGAACCAGCCUAGUGAAGGUCCUGGAGUUUGAACGAGACUACAUGUGCAACAAGUGCAAGCAUGUGUUUGUGGUCAAGGCUGACUUUGAACAGUACUACACCUUCUGCCGUCCAUCAGCUUGCCCCAGUGAAGAAGGCUGCAACUCAUCUAAGUUCACUUGCCUCUCGGGAACAUCAUGCGCUCCCAGCAGUUGCAGAGACUAUCAAGAAAUCAAGAUUCAGGAGCAGGUUCAAAGGUUAGCAGUUGGUAGUAUCCCUCGUUCUAUGAUGGUCGUUCUUGAAGAUGACUUAGUAGACAGUUGUAAAUCUGGUGAUGACAUAACAGUUUAUGGAGUAGUAAUGCAGAGGUGGAAACCUUUCCACCAAGACGCACGCUGUGAUGUAGAAAUUGUCCUGAAGGCCAAUUAUAUUCAAGUGAACAAUGAGCAGCCGACAGGACUGAUAAUUGAUGAGGAAAUCCACAAGGAAUUCGAAGAUUUUUGGGGGAAACAUCGGAGUGAUCCUUUAGCAGGAAGGAAUGAAAUUUUGGCCAGCUUGUGCCCUCAGGUUUUUGGGUUGUAUCUUGUGAAGCUGGCUGUAGCCAUGGUGCUUGCAGGAGGUGUUCAGAGAACAGAUGCUGCAGGCACUAGAGUCAGAGGUGAAUCUCAUCUUUUAUUGGUUGGAGACCCUGGAACGGGGAAAUCUCAGUUUCUGAAAUAUGCGGUAAAGAUUACCCCACGAUCUGUACUUACAGCAGGAAUUGGAUCCACAAGUGCAGGUUUGACAGUAACAGCUGUGAAGGACUCCGGAGAAUGGAAUUUGGAAGCGGGGGCACUGGUGCUGGCUGAUGGAGGCCUUUGUUGUAUUGAUGAAUUUAACAGCAUCAAGGAACAUGACAGAACCAGCAUUCAUGAGGCAAUGGAACAACAGACCAUCAGCGUAGCCAAGGCAGGCUUAGUGUGCAAACUGAACACGAGGACCACCAUACUGGCAGCAACCAAUCCAAAGGGCCAGUAUGACCCUAACGAGUCUGUCUCUGUGAACAUCGCACUUGGCAGUCCUCUUCUAAGUAGGUUUGACCUCGUCUUGGUAUUGUUGGAUACAAGAAAUGAAGAAUGGGAUCGCAUAAUUUCUUCUUUCAUAUUGGAAAAUAAAGGUUGUCCAAGUGUGUCUGAAAAGCUGUGGACCAUGGAAAGAAUGAAAACCUACUUCCGUCUCAUAAAGAACUUACAACCAGUGUUGACUGAAAAAAGCAACCUCAUUCUUGUCCGGUAUUACCAGAUGCAGCGGCAAAGUGAUUGCAGAAACGCUGCCCGAACUACUGUCCGCUUAUUGGAGAGUUUGAUACGGUUAGCUGAAGCUCAUGCCCGGUUGAUGUUUAGGGAUAUCGUGACUGUGGAAGAUGCGAUAACUGUGGUUUCAAUUGUGGAAUCUUCUAUGCAAGGGGGUGCACUUCUUGGAGGUGUCAAUGCACUGCACACUUCUUUUCCUGAAAACCCAAUGGAACAAUAUCGAAUGCAGUGUGAACUGAUCUUGGAGAAGCUGGAGCUGCAGGACAUUCUGUGUGAUGAACUCCAAAGACUUGACAGAUUACAGCCUGAAAAUUCAUAUCAUUUUCAGCAGUCCUUGGAGACAAGGAACAAUGGUACCGAGGCAUCUUUUAGCAAUAACACACUUGGGAAACCAGACCAAACAUCUCAUCAGCAGUAUUCAGAUGGAGCAGACAGUACUGAGGUCCAGCCUCACCUAGCUAAAAGGAACCCCGAAAGUGAUGCAUACCCAGGAUUCUUAAGUAGCCAAACAUCUGAUGUAAUACCACAGCAGAGCAAACAGAGCAAGAGUACCAGCGAUGGCAGCUUACACUGGUUUGACAGUAUUAUGGAUGGCAGUUCUGAAACUGAGAAGAGCAUUUGUGAAUCUCCAUUUGCCAGAACAUCUCAAGAUAGUUUGAUUUGGAAAGCACUAAACAACGGACCAUAUUCUAAAGAAAAAAAUUAUUUAAUAGAAACUGAGCAUGCUGAGAUGGGAGAAUCACUGAAAAAAACAGCUCCAGGGGAUACACGCGAACAGGUAAUUGUUUCUGGCCUUGAGGAGGGAAAGGAAGACAUUCCCCCAGGGUUCCCCUCAAAAGCAAGCCAUAAAGAUCCAGCUGUAUUAUUUCCUUCUCUACCUGAUUCAGUGAUUACCCAACGGACCUCUAAGAAAUGGCAGAGUAUGAACCUCGAAAAGGCUCGUGGAUUUUGUGCAAGUACACCAAAUCCUGAGGCCGUAAGUGGUCUUGCUCCACUUUCUCCCCAUCCUGCAGGGGCUUCACAGUCUCCUACAAGGGACUUGAACAUUCUUGCAUCUCACAGUGUGUCAAUGAAUCAGAGGUUGGUGACUUCAACCAGGAAACGGAGCAGAGAUCAGAUAAAGAAAGGAGGUGUGACAGGAAGUUCUGUUGAGCCUGAAAUCCAACAGAAAUCUGGACAAAAAGCUGCCAAACUAGCAAAGUUUUUAUUUAGGCAGAAGUCAAAACUUGCUAAAUCUUCUGAAAAUGAGAAUCACGCCAAAUUGCCUGUUUACAGCCCUCACAGUAUUGCCAGAAAUGUAUCAGAGAGAGAAAGGACCAAGGAAGAAGGUUCUGAGAAGUACCAGAAAGAACACAGUAUUAACAAUGGAAAGUAUAACAUGAAGGAAAGAUCCUGUAAUAACACUGGAGAGGAGCAGCAGCAGCUGCAAAGGAAAGCCAUAUCCCCACCUUCUACAAAAACGAAAGGAAUGGGAGAAGAAACAGUGGAAGGACCCAACACAAAGAAAGUGUGCGCUAGUACAUUGGUAAAAUUAUCCACAUUUUCAUUCAUACCAGCUACUGAAUCCAAAGUAGAGUCUCCCUCUUCCUUGACUGUUGCUAGGAAUAACAUGGAAAGGCAGAGGCUGCCACUGAAGAACCACACUGAAAGUGCAGACCACACAAGGAAAUGCUUUGAAAUGGGGAAAGUCAGCAAAGUUACAGGGAAAUCUUUGUUCUCACUACCAGAUUUUGAUGACGCAGCUCUAGACUUUGAUUGGGAUGAAGAGAUUAAGAAAAAACCCAAAUCUUAAAAAUAUUUGGUACCUCCUCAAUUUUUUGAUAAUUUAAUUAGAAGGCCAUAAAUAAAAUCUAAUCUUGCAUAAAAUAAUAGGAUAAGGAAUGGGCUCUUGCUUCUGGUCCUGCUGGAAUAAAAGCAUAUUUCUAAUUCUAGCUGAGUCCAGUUCAACAGCAUCCUAGAGAAGACUGCACUGCAUGGUUCAAGCCCUGACAGGAGUCACAUUCACUUUAUUCUGUUUGAGGGUAACUAUCUGAAUUGUGUAAAAUAAUUUAAUUCCAUGAAAUCUCUUGCGCUAUCCUUUGAAGAAUAACCGCUAAUGAUGAAACAGAGAUUUCCUUUUUUCUACUUCAGUUUUAAAAAAUACAUGAUUUCAGUAGGUCCAGUAAAUGUCACAUAAAUUAAACAAACACUUUCAAAAAUUGAUCAUGCAAGAUUUUUUCCCAUGUUUCGUAAAUGUCAUCCUGAAAUCACUUUUGGUCACGUUGUAAAAAAAUGGCUUUCAGUCUGGUGUUUUUUUUUCUUUCAAAUAAUGUUAAUAAAUAUUUUCUCAUUUCUGUUGCUUCUCAUGAAAAUAAUGUGAGUGGGCUGUGCAAGAAUAGUCAAGUGGAAUAAAGCUUCUUGGUUAUUUAAUGAGAGACAAAACUAAGUAUUGCACAGAUUUCUUGAAGGAAAAAGAGUUGCUCUUGCUGUAUUAGCAAACAUAGGUGACCAUUGUCAAAUAAUUGCAUAUGUAAGUAGGGAUAUGCACCUGGAAAGAAACACAGUAUUUUUUACACUAAGAUUUUGAGAAGGGUAUAAAUUCCAGUAUUUGAGGAUAAUACCACUUUGGGAUUUGAGUUUAUUUUUUUUCCAGGAUUCUGGAAUUAAUUUCGGUUCCAUUAUUCCCUGUGGUGAGGGAGAGGAUAGAGUGGCUAUUUUUUAGUCUAAUAACACCAAAAUUGCAGGGCAAUGAGUGCUGUUGUCAUUAAAGACCAGCCCUCAACCAA